CCUCACCUCAGCUUCCAGCUCCUGAGCUCCACGACGAGAACACGUUGCACAACAAUUGCAGCUCCAUCAAACCUUCAACCAGAAGACCCUCCAAACAUCCUUCAUUCCGAACUACCCCCUCCUACACCAUGUCGAAACGCGUCGCCCUCCUCCCGAAGCCCCUCCCGGCCGACGAGGUCAACGUCGGCCAACUCCUCAUCCACCCCUUGCACCCCGAACUCGACGGCUUCUUCAGCGAGAAGCAGGCCGCCGCCGUGGAUGAGCUGAACGACUAUUUCAUCCAGUUGCGGUACAAAGAUCUCUUCAGCGUCGACACCGAGGGCCGCUUCGCCCAGAACUUCGGCGCCAAGUUCGACCUAGGACAGGUCUACCGCAAGCCCAACCUGCUGAGCGUCAGCGCCGAGCAGAUGAUCCAGCGCAUCUCUAAGCACCCGUACGCUGCCUUUGAGACCGUGUGCUCGGACCCGGACGCACAGGCGUGGAUUGCAGAGCUGGCCAAAGAAGAGAAGGCCUGCUACAUUGUGCUCGGCAUCACGGAAUUCAAGAACGCAGUAUUCAAGCGCGCGGUGCUGCAAGACGGUGGUGUGAGCAACCGGCUCAAGGAACAACCGAUCGAAAAGGGGGCCAAGGUGCCGCGGUCAGUGCGCCGCGACAGCACGCUGGGCUUGGGCACGGAGGCGCAUCUGAGUGGCGUGUUCGGAAUGGACGUGCGGCGCAUCAAGGCCAGGAUCUCGCGGGUACAGGAGCCACACACCGUCGAGGACUUGAAGUGGAACUGGAUCUACUACAACUUGCCCGGAUCGCCGGGCCUGCAGCUGAUGAUUGGGCUGGGCGAGAGCCUGAAGGCGGAGGAGCUGCGGCUGAUGCUGGACCUGAGCGAUGAGGAGGUCAAGGGCAAUCUUCAUGUCAUUUCGAACCUGAGUAUGGAUGCGCUGCAAGCUGCUGCGUCACCGAUGUUAAGACCUAGCUCACCUGCACUGCGUGGUAGAUCGCCCUCUCCGAAUCCGGCCACUAUGCGGCUGUGACUGACUCUAGGAACUACGACGAGCCACGAAGAGGUACAAAGAGCUACAGAGAGAGUCGGGAAAGGAGUAUGGAAAGGAGCAUGGGAAGGGCUAUGGGGAACAAUUUGUGGCGUGCUAGCGGCUGCAAGGGGGCAUAAUGGGUGAUGUUCUGGGUUUUACGGCGUUCAGGUACUCUCACUCUGGCGAGCAUCGAAAGCGUAUGGAGCGAACGUUCUAUACCCGAUGAUGCCUUACGAAAUCAACCUCUUUCCACUCUUUCCACUCUUGUCAGCUUCAUGUCGCGAUCAAAUUUUUACACUCGAUGAUACGGUGACGGUGGAAAUAAUAGGGUAUAUAUAGUGUACGUUGACUGAUGAUAGGAAGUGAUGAAAAGGCAGGAAACCUCACCUAACUGAAGGUGUUUAUCACUAAUACUUGAUUCCAUCACAUCAUUAGCCCCUCGAUUCUAUUACACCUAAACACGAAUUAUCGAUACAAAAAGAAAAGUAAACUAAG